CAGAGAUACUUCUCUUCUUCUUCCCCAAACCCUAAAGUUCUCACCUUUUUCCCCAGAUACAUCGGAGUUCCCGUUCAACAGAUGGCGGAUGAAGAGGUUGUUGCUAUCUCUGCGACACCGGUCGAUCUCAAGCGCAAGCUCGACGAGAUUGAGCCUGAGCAACAUGCCGCCUCGGAUAAUGGCUCUAAUGGAGAUGUUUUAGAUGGUAGCAACCCAGCUUCUGAUUCUUCUCAGGCUAAGCGAGCCAAGAUCGAAGAUGAUGAUGGUUUAGAUAAUGGGAAAACACAAGAGAAUGGUUCAUUAGUGGAGGCUAAAGAGGAAGAAGAACAGGUUCAAGAACCCAAGGAAGAGGAAACUGAGAAACCAAUUGCACACAAGGAUGAGAAACAAGAGUCUUUACCUGUUGUUGAGGAAGUUCAAGAUCACAUUGAUGAGUCUGAAAAUAAGACUUGUGGUGUAGAUCUGCCAGCAGAUGAAAAGACUGUAAAAGGAUGUAAAGAUACUAAUGGUGGUGAAUCUCAGAAAGAGGUUGAUGAAAAGAGUACGGAAUUGAAUGAUAGCAGUUCACAGAAGGAGAUUGGUGAAGAAGAAAAUAAGGUAGUGGAUGGUGAAGAAGAAAAUAAGGUAGUGGAUGGUGAAGAAGAAAAUAAGGUAGUGGAUAAUUCUCAGAAGGAUGGUGAUACUCAGUCUACGACUCGCAGGAUAGAAGUCCCAAGUUCAAAGGUAGGUGUGUUGAUUGGUAAAGGUGGGGAGACUAUACGGAAUCUUCAGUUUAACUCGGGUGCUAAAAUCCAAAUUUUGAGGGAUUCGGAAGCUGAUCCUAACUCUUCAGUUAGACCAGUUGACAUAAUUGGAACUGUUGUAUGCAUUGAAAAUGCCGAGAAGCUUAUCAAUGCAGUCAUAUCAGAGGCUGAAGCAGGAGGUUCAUCUGCCCUAGUUGCGAGGGGACAUCCUGGUACUCAUGCGAUAGGGAUUCCAGAACAGAUAGAAAUUAAAGUUCCGAAUGAUAAGGUUGGUCAGAUUAUUGGCCGAGGUGGGGAGACAAUCAAGAACAUGCAGACAAGGUCGGGAGCACGCAUUCAGUUAAUACCUCAACACGCAGAAGGUGAUGGGGUUAAGGAGAGGACUGUCCGUAUUUCUGGAGAUAAGAGGCAGAUUGACAUAGCAACCAACAUGAUAAAAGACGUUAUGUAUCAGAGUGCAAGGCCAUCACCUUAUUCUGGUGGUUAUAAUCAGAUGGCCUACCGACCCCGAGGGCCAGGUGGUCCACCUCAAUGGGGUUCACGAGGUCCUCAUGCUCCGCACUCAAUGCCCUAUGAUUACCAUCACCGUGGACCGUAUUUAUCACAAGGUUCACAUUACAAUUCUCCCAGUUACGGUGGUUAUCCUCCCCAACAUAUGCCCCCUAGAGGUGGAUAUGGUGCUGACUGGGACCAGAGACCUCCACCUUCUGGUCCGUACGAUUAUUAUGGUAGACAAGGAGCUCAAACCUCUGGUCCAGUUCCACCUCCUUCUGGCCAUGCACCUUCUCCUGCCUUGGGUGGUCCCCCUCCUUCCCAAGUAAGCUAUGGUUAUGGUCAGAGUCAUGGCCCAGAGUAUGGACAUGCUGGUCCUUACUCCCAGACCGGUCAUCAGCAGACUUAUGGGCAGAUGUAUGAACAGCCCAAGUAUGACAAUAAUCCUCCGAUCCAGCCUCCUUAUGGAGGCUCAUACCAACCAGCGGGUGGUGCUCAGCCAGGCUAUUCGCAAAUGCAGCAACCUGGUGGUAGGCCUUAUGGGAUGCAACAAGGGCCAGUCCAGCAAGGAUAUGGUCCUCCACGGCCUGCGGCAGCAACUUCUUCUGGUGAUGUUCCUUACCAAGGUGCAACUCCAGCAGCAGCAGCACCACCAUUAUAUGGCAGUACCAACAUGGCUCCACAACAACAACAAUAUGGUUACACGUCAAGCGGUGGGCCAGGGCAACAGCAAACAUACCCUUCCUAUAGCUCGGCUCCAUCUGACGGUUACAACAAUGGUACGCAAACACCUGCAACUGGUCAAGCUUACCAGCAGCAAAAUGUUCAGCCAACUUCUUCCACUCAUGACCAGCCUGGUGCACAGCAGGCUGCAGCAGCUGGAUAUGGUGGGCAAGUAGCUCCAACCAGUGGAUAUAGUUCAUAUCCAUCAUCACAGCCUGCUUAUGGUACUGCUCCGACCCAAAACAGUGGAAACUAUGGUUACAGCACAAGCUCUCAAGAUCCUAACUACGGAUAUGGUGCAGCACCGGGAACCCAAGCAGCCUAUUCACAAGCAGCACCUACUCAAGCAGGAUAUGAGCAACAGUCUGCAGCUCAACCUGCAGGAUAUGCGAGUGCUCCUGGGACUACACAAGUGAACCAGUAUGAUGCAAGCCAGGUUUACGCAGCUCCACGUUAAGAGAAUGAGAAAAUAUUGCAAAGGUCCUAGACCUGCUGCACUUAUGCAACUGGAGUCUAAGACUCUUUUCUUAUGAAAAGGUUGAUCUUGUUAGUCUCUGAUUCCUUCACCUUCAAUGCUUCAUUGUAAUCUCUGUUAACCUUUAGUUGUUGAGCUGUCGCUGAUAGUUAAGCUGUUAUAUUUAUUUUCGUUGGUCAUGUUUCAAAAGAUUUUGUCUUUCCAAAACCAGAUAUAAUAACAUGACUUGUGACCUUA